CAAUGGGAAAGAGUCCAUAACUAAACCAUUUUAUAUUGUUAUAAAGAGUUAAUAGUUGUUUAUUUAAAUAAAAUAAUUGCAUGUUACUUCUUAGCUUGAUUAGCAAGCCCACUAGGUCCCUAUAAAUUUGUUAUUAUGCUAUUAGACUUGAUGUGUGUGUAGUACAAAAACACAUCAAAGAAAAAAGUGAGUCUCUUCGAGACAAAGCAAUUACAAAUGGCCUCAUUUAGCAAUUUGAUGAGUACUUUGGUAUUAUUUAUAAUCAUAGGCUGUGGAUAUGCUCAAUUGGAGAUGAAUUUCUAUGCCAAGAGCUGCCCAAAAGCAGAGAACAUUAUUAAAGAUUUUGUUCAGAAGCAAGUUCCUAAGGCUCCAAAUACUGCAGCAGCCAUACUAAGAAUGCAUUUCCAUGAUUGUUUUGUCAGGGGCUGUGAUGGAUCUGUGCUUCUUAAUUUCACUUCAAGUACUGGAAAUCAGACUGAAAAACAAGCCAAUCCUAAUCUGACAUUGCGCGGCUUCUCAUUCAUUGAUGCUGUUAAGAGAUUAGUUGAAGCGGAAUGCCCUGGAGUUGUCUCUUGUGCUGAUAUUAUUGCCUUGGUUGCUAGAGAUGCAGUUGUAGUUACAGGAGGUCCUUUUUGGAAUGUGCCAACUGGUAGAAGAGAUGGAACAAUAUCAAAUGUCUCAGAAGCCAAUGCUGACAUCCCAGCUCCAACUAGUAACUUCACCAGACUACAACAAUCUUUCGCGAAGAAAGGCCUUGAUUUGAAGGACCUGGUCCUCUUAUCAGGUGCACACACCAUUGGAGUGUCUCAUUGCUCCUCAUUCUCCGAGCGUCUGUACAAUUUCACUGGGGUUUUUGGUACACAAGAUCCAUCACUAGACAGCGAAUACGCGGAUAAUCUCAAGUCAAGAAAAUGCAAAUCGAUCAAUGACAAUACCACUAUAGUUGAGAUGGAUCCAGGUAGUUUCAAGACAUUCGAUCUUAGCUACUUCAAACUUCUACUCAAAAGGAGAGGCCUAUUCCAAUCCGAUGCAGCCUUGACAACACGUACCACAACAAAAACAUUUAUUGAACAGCUAGUCGAUGGACCGCUCAAAGAAUUCUUCGACGAAUUUGCUAAGUCCAUGGAGAAAAUGGGAAGAGUUGAAGUUAAGACAGGCAGUGCUGGUGAAAUCAGGAAGCAUUGUGCAUUUGUGAAUAAUUGAAAUUAAGUUCUAAUGAUUUUGUGGUUGUAUUCAUAAUUUAUGUGUCCCCUGAGUGAAUAG